GAAAUGAGAAGAACCGGUGCGUCAUAGACGUAUAUGUCCGAGACGUUGAGGUCAAAUCUAAGGGGCCAAGUGAAACAACAAACCAGUAACGUCACCACUAACUCAGCUUCAAAUCCAACGUUACCGCAGCCGCCGCCGUCGUCUCUGGCCAUCGGAUAACCUCCUCUGCUAUGGGUGCUUUAGAGCCUGUGGAGGAGAGAGAAAACUCGGAAAAGGAUGGUGAAGAGAGAGCUGAAGAAGAGAAGGAGAAGAGAGAAGAUGAGGAGCAUAAAGAUUUGGAGAAAGGUGACGAGGGGUUUGAAGAGCAAGUGGGAAGAGGCACUCCACAGCCACAGGGGGAUUUUCAUGUAUCCAUGUUGCAGAGAUUGAACCCCUCAAACCCCUUGAGGGUUGCCAUCCCUGGUGUCACCAGGGCAACCACUCCAUCUCCUGCUCAGCCUCGCUCCACCUCCACUCCAACCCCACAACAAACAAUCACAACUCUGAAUUCAACGGCUUACACCAACAGAAUAUCCCUAUUUCUAUUCCUGCUCCACGCGGUUCUUGCUGUUGGCCUUGUUUGUUUCCUUAUAUUCAAGGGAAUUCAAGGGCUAUUAGAACCAGGUCAGGUUCAAAGGAAAGAGAGGAAGCUGUUAAAGUAUUUUUUGCCUCAAGUAGAAGCUGCUUCUCUUCUUAGCAUUACUCUCGCAUUUGCAUGGCAAAAGGCAGUGAGAACAUGGCCCAAAUUCAUGAUUCAUUUCAUUCUGUGGAGCACAUUUUUGAUGUCCUUGUCCGCUGGAAUUCUCCUGAUUUGUUUUCAAAUGCCCUCCACAGAUGGGGUUGGUGUUUGUUUUAUACUAUUUGCAAUAGGCAAUGGGUUGUAUGCUUGUUGGGUCACACACAGAAUCAAGUUUUGCAGCAAGAUUUUUAUCAAAUCGCUCGAACCCGCAUCGAAAUUCCCUGAUCUGAAUCAGCCCACUUACUGGAUGCUUGGGAUCGGGUUCAUGUGGAUGUCACUAUGGAUUUUAGCUGUAAUGGGAGCCUCGAAUUUUUACUUCCCUCCAUUGAUCAUAAUUGUAUUAGUACUGAGCUUGGCUUGGACUGCAGAAGUGAUGAGGAAUGUUGCCAAUUUAACAGUUAGUAGGGUAAUUGCUUUGUAUUAUCUCAGAGGAAUGCAAUGUAAUACAAAGUUUUGCUUCCAAAGAGCCCUGUCUCGGAAUCUUGGCAGCGCUUGUCUGGGGUCAACCUUUGUGCCUGCAAUUGAAGCUUUGAGAAUUGUCGCCAGGGGACUCAAUUUGCUUGAGGGAGAAGAUGAGUUCAUGUUCUCUUGCGCCCAUUGCUGUCUCCAUAUCAUGGAGUCCAUCUUCAGAUAUGGCAAUGGCUGGGCCUAUGUACAGAUAGCUGCAUAUGGGAAAGGUUUUGUGAAGGCAUCACAAGACACUUGGGAGCUCUUUGAAAAGAGAGGAAAGGAAAUGGAAGCCAUCGUUGAUUCUGACAUAACCAGUGCCAUAUGUUUCCUCGCUGGCGUCUGCAGCGGCUCAAUGUGUACCAUUGUUGUGGCUGCUUGGACUUUCUCUGUGUAUGAAGGCUUCACCGCCACCCUCUCCCUCCUUGCAUUUUUCAUAGGAUAUCUCAUGGCGAGGAUUGCCAUGGCACUACCACAUGCCUGUGUGAGCUGCUACUAUGUGUGCUAUGCAGAAAACCCUGACAACCGGCUGUUUGAUAAAACAUUACCCGAUCGUCUGGACUUGAUAAAAUCUGGUCGCGAUGUGGUUGUGCCUACGCCUAGAGUCCCACGGCACCUCCCAGCAUAGCUAGUAAGCGAAAGGCUCUAAUUUUGUAAGUGUACAAAUCUUGUAAUUCGGUAUUGUUUGGCCAUACUAUAACACUUAGGUUGCCCUCAACCAGGACCCCAGGGCUCAACCCGGGCCCUGCCCUUGGUGGUGGUAGUGAUGAUAAUGAUUUGGACCAUGAAAGUUAAGAUCAAAGUGGGGAUAAUUUUUCAGACUGGGAGGAAUGAGUGAAACCCCAGUGAGAUUCCAACCAAGCAAAGCUGCAAAGACCAAAGACAAAGUGUCUUUAGGUCUUGUCCUUUGUAUUAUAUCCCUUGCUCUACCUUUUGGGAUAUCCUGUCCUGACUCCUAAUAACUCCCACCAUUAAUUUGAUCAUUUCUUUUUAGUAUCAGUCAUGAAUAAACCUAAACCCAUCAUUACUUUACAUAACACUAUAAGAGUGAUCUUCUUGUAAAAAUACCCAUGAUUUCUGAUUGAAUUUUUUCUUCUAUAUCUCA